UUACCUAGGGCAGUCCCCGCCCUGGGGGCCUCUAGACACGGAAACCACAGGUGCAGAAAGCACAUCCACAAACAUGGACGAGUGUCCCAGGGACGCCUGGGGCCAGCCCAGGGACUGGUCUAGCUCCCGGAAGUCAAGAACAGGCCCAUCGCUGGCCUCUGUGCUGAAUGACCUCCCAAGUGCUGCUACUCUCCGAUACCGUGGCCCUGGUGUGCUCCCUUGGGGGGCACAUGAGGAUGAGGAUGGAGGAAGGAGUCUUCAGGCCUUUGCGGAAACUGCCCAAAUGGAAUCUCACUCUCCCCGGGAACUUCCCUGGCCUAUGCAGGCAAGGCGGGAAUACAGGAGGACCCAGGCCAGGGAGCAGGUGGCCUCUGGCUCUGAAUCGAAGGCCGCCCACUGGAGCCGGCAGCUGUCCAGGACCAAGGGGAAAAUGAAAGAAGGCUUUCAAACCAUCCAGCCCUGGGCAUGGACGCUGAAGAAGAUUGGGGGCCAGUUCGGAGCAGGCACCGAGUCCUACUUCUCUCUGCUGCGGUUCCUGCUCUUCCUCAACCUGGUGGCAUCUGUGAUUGAAGUCUGCAUGAAGCUGAUCCCCGCCUGGGCGGGAGGGCCUCCUCCGGGUCCCCCUGGCCCUAACAUCUCCUCACCCUGUGGUUCCUACACCCCCAACACCCAGGGCCUGGUCUCCUUCCCGACCCAGCUCUUCAACUUGCUCUCUGGAGAGGGUUACCUAGAAUGGUCCCCUCUGUUCUAUGGGUUCUACCCGCCCCGAUCGGACCUGGCCGUCACCUACCUGUGCUCCGUCUUCGUCAUCGGCCUCAUCUACUUGCUGUUCAUCCUGCACCGUUCGGUGUCCGGGUUGAAGGAGACGCUGUUGGCCGAGUCCGAGGUUCUGACCAGCUACAGCCACCGGGUGUUCUCAGCUUGGAAUUUUGGCCUCUGCGGGGCAGCGCACGUGCGGCUGCGCCAGCACAUCAUUUUGCAUGACCUUCAGGUGGAGCUGGAGGAAGCCAUGGUCAGGCGUCGUGCUGCGGAGCAGACGCUGGGCCAGCGAGCCAAGGUGUGGUCGUUGAGGGCUGUGCUCAACCUGCUGAUCCUCGCGCUCCUGGCGGCGGCCUUCUACGGCAUCUUCUGGGCCACCGGGUUCACCGUGACGCUGCAGGAGACAUCCGUUGUCCAGCAAACCCCCAUACUGAAGCUUCUGGUGGAUUAUCUUCCGUCCAUUUUCAUCUCGGUGUUCAACUUCGUGCUGCCUCUCGUGUUCAACUUCAUCACCUCCUUAGAGGGCUACACGCGCAGCCGCCAGAUCGUCUUGAUGCUGCUUCGGACGGUGUUUUUGCGUCUGGCGUCCCUGGUGCUCCUCUUGUUGUCUCUGUGGAAUCAGAUCACGUGCGGGGGAAACAAGGAGGCAGAAGGCUGCAAGGCCUGUGGCUACAAUUACAGAGAACUUCCGUGCUGGGAGACUCGUUUGGGUCAGGAGAUGUACAAACUUGUGAUCUUUGAUCUGCUGAUGAGCCUGCUGGUCAUACUGUUGGUCCAGUUUCCUAGGAAGAUACUCUGCGGCCUCUGUCCCGGGGCGUUGGGUCGUCUGGCAGGGACCCUGGAGUUCCAGGUUCCUGACGAGGUGCUGGGGCUCAUCUAUGCUCAGACGGUGGUCUGGGUGGGCAGCUUUUUCUGCCCUUUACUGCCUCUGAUCAACACCGCCAAGUUCCUGAUUCUUUUCUGUCUGAAGAAGAUGACGCUCUUCUCCAUCUACUCACCGGCCUCUGGCACCUUCCGGGCUUCCGCCGCAAAUUUCUUCUUCCCUCUGGUGCUUCUCUUGGGUCUGGCGAUCUCUGCUGUCCCCGUGCUUUACAGCAUCUUCCUGAUCCCACCUUCUAAGCUGUGUGGCCCAUUCCAAGGAAAGCGGUCCAUCUGGGUCCACAUCCCCCAGUCCAUUGAAAGCCUCCCUCAGACCACCCAGAACUUUCUCUACUUCCUGGGCACACAGGCUUUUGCCGUACCCCUUCUGAUCCUCUCUUGCAUCCUGAUGACGUAUACAAUAGCCCUGGCUAACUCUUACGGACGCCUCAUUUCUGAGCUCAAACGCCAGAUAGAGACGGAAGCGAAGAAUAAAGUCUUCCUAGCCCAGCGAGCUGUGGCUCUGAGCUCGGUGAACGGAGCGAUCUGACCCGUCUCGUUGGAAUGCCGCCGCGCCUUCAGACCCGCAGACCCACGAAUACUCCUCAGUAUACGCUACCCCCUCAUCUCUAGGAUCGAGUCCCCCGCCCUCCGCCACCAAGUGCCGCACUCUCAGUUGAACUGUAUCAAUAAACGGCAGCCGAAGCUGCUCUGCGUUUUGAAA